UCUAUCCUUUGGAUCCUCUCCUCUAUUUUUAGCCCUUCACUUGGAUCUCUCUUGGAUAACUCAUUAAAUGACACUAUCCAAUAUAACCACAUGUGUAUCUGCGUAUGUAUAUGCAUGUGUAUUUAUAUUUAGAAGCUUCCUAGUUUUGUCUAAGAAAAUAUCUUCUUGUUUUGUUCCUUUCAGCGCUAUAACUCAUAAUUCUCUUCCAAAGUUCUUGGAUUUGUUCCCCAAAUCAACUGGAGAUCUAAGAAGAAGAAGAAGAAGAGCGAAGAUCAAAGGAUAAGGAAGAAGAGAGGAAAAUGUGUACUCAUGCUGAUGAAUCACAACACAACAAUCUCCCUUGUCUCCAUUGCCAACCACAUUCUUACAUUCGCAUGGUUCAACAUAUGAUAGAGAGAUGCAUUCUACUCCGUAUGACGCGGGACGAAUGCGUCAAGGCGUUAGACCACCACGCAAGCAUUCUACCACUCGUUACACUCACUGUUUUCAGCUAUAUAUUAGGCUUUGCAAGUGUGCUACAAAAAAAAUUACAUGAUAUUUUUCCCCCCCCCGCAGUUUGGAGAGGACUUCAAAGAGAAAACAAGGACUUCUUUGAAACGUAUGGGCAUUUCGUCUCUCCUAGGCCCUUCUUAAGUAAGAGAUUGUGGGAUCAAAUGUCCUCUUCUAAUUGUUAACAAAUUUCAAUUAAUUCCUCAGUCAACAUAUAAACCACACAUCAAGUAUGUUGUUAUAUAGUUCAUUUUGAUGAGAGUUAUGUUUUCUUUAUCAGGCGGAUAUGUUCGAAGAUCGCCGAGGUUUGCGAAAAGGAUAUAAUGAAGACUUGGUUUAGGCUCGUAGCUAGAUAUAUAGGAGAAAAAGCUUGAACUUUAUAUAUACCUAGGCAUAUGUAUUACAUAUUCCUAUGAUGAAAUACUCAUGCUUAUUAUCUGUGGUCCUUUUGAUGUCAUAAGGUUCCCCUAUAAGAUUAAGCAGAUAAGAUUGAUUUUCGUGUGUAAACUAGUUUUAAGGUUGCUUAUUUAGAUAAUUAGAUGCAGUCUGUUUAUUGAAAACCCUCGAUUAUAAGAGGCUUUACGAUUUAUAUAUAGCAAAUGUGUAAAAUAUAUUUUUUAACUAAACCAUGACGAGCGCUUACUAAUUUGAGUAAAUAGACUGCAUCUAAAUAAGCAACCUUAAAAAUAUGACACUAAGACUAAAACCAAUCCCGCCGGCAUAGAAAACGACCAAUCUGGUUCGAAUUCUGAAUACUAAUUUGAAUCUAAACUAAAACACUUUAUUUCCUUUUACGAAAG